AUGGCAGUGGGAUUUCGAUCUGAUACUUCAACGACUGCAAAACAGGAUAGCAUUACAAAGGGGUCGUGGGCAAGUGAUAUGGAGGUAGAUGGAGGCUCUAAGGAAGCCGUGAUUGAAAAUAAAGCGGUGCAAAAUGCGACAUCAUCUCAACGUCGGCGCCGCCGAUUGCUCUUGUCGACGGAUAGUGCUUUCGCUGACACCGUCCUCCCGUCCCUCGUUCAAAACCCAUACAUCGAGCUGCGACUGAUCACAGACGAACCCUCCGCGUUGCUCACGGGCACCAACAAAAUCCCGCACUACAUGGAUACGGUUGACAGCCAAACAUUUGAUAAGAAAACCGGCGCGCGGAAAUGGCUUAAGGCGAAGACUGCGGAGCUGUGCGAAUGGGCGGACAUGCUGUUAGUUGCGCCUAUCGAUGCCGGAGCUCUGGGAGCGAUGUUGGCCGGCUUGACGAAUACCUUGACGUUGGCGCUUCUUCGUGGCUGGGUCUCGAAGAAACCUGUGAUCCUCAUUCCAGGAAUGACGGUGUCGGAAUGGGAUCACCCGCUCAGCACUCGACAACUCGAUGAAAUAAGUCGUUUUUGGCCUUGGAUUCGCACUGUCAAACCUGUCCUCUGGAAGUCAAACGGGCCCGAAGACUUGACAUUACUACCAUGGGACGGGCUGAGCGAGUUACACCAGACACUGGAGACAACAUUAAAACUACCGCCAUGGGAAGCUACCCUGUCGACCAGGGCAAUCGCCCAUGGCGCCACGGUCCCGGCUAAGACUGCAUCAAAAUCUACAUCUGGAAGUGCCACCGGCUCCGCACCACAAACGAAACAUACAGGCGAUGCCGAUUUUUUACCACUGGAAAUAUGGCUGAAUGUCUUUGAGGAUCAACUGCGAGACUGGGAAACAGCGAAAGCCGUGGGCAUUCCAACCCAUCUCCCUGUCCCCCAAGAAUGGCAGAGCCAUCUACCCAAAAUGUCCACUACUGCCACACUCGAAUAUACUAUCUUGCGAGGAUCCUUCGCGGCAAUCAAAAAGCGCAUUGAUGCCUUACCUCGCUGGAAACCGCUCUCCGAUCUCGCUUGCCACCUCAUUGUCAAAUUCUCCCGUACCGAUAUCCUUUCCUAUCUCACCGAAAAUCACCUGGACCUCCUCUGGACAACCUCUAGACUCACAAAUAUUCCAUACCGAGCGUCCGCAAUCUAUGGCAACCCGAACGUACUGACAUGGUGGCGCGAUGCGCCCGCUCUCCCAAACAAAGAGUACAUGGCCGACGCCAUGGACGGCGCCUCCCGAGUUGGGUUCAUUGACGUACUAGAUUGGUGGCUCCACUCGGGGCUCCCGCUAAGAUAUAGCGAGCGUGCCCUCGAAGCCGCCAGCGCCGAAGGUCGAGUCACCGUACUCGACUGGUGGAGAACCGCCUCCGCAAACGCCCCAGUAUCCAAACCCUUACCUCUCAAAGUCGGCAAAUCCGUCCUACUCGCAGCGCAGUCAGGUCGCACUGCAUCUCUUGCUUGGUGGGAUGCAUCAGGGAUCCCAUACAGCCACGCCGAAAACGUUGCCCGUAUCGCGAGCACGCACGGCCAUGUCCAUGUCCUUGAAUUCUGGUAUAAACUCAAGGGCCCGAAGAUGAUCUUUGAUAACCAGGUGCUGGUUGGCCCGACGAAGAACGGCCACGACCACGUUCUGCAAUGGUGGAAAUCCUGCGGUAUGCGGGUUGAAUUCAAGACUUGUGAUAUUGAGGAAGCGCUUGAGGAUGCUGAUCCGAGCUCCGGUGCUGAGGGUCGUGUUCGGCGUUGGUGGGAGCGGAAUGGUUUGAACCUUGGAGUUGGUACGAGUGAGUGGAUGAGAUCCAAGGUGCUACCUGGUCCUGAGGCCCUGGGUCCACGGGUGUUAGACUUGCUGAGUCAAGGCCUAGCCGCUACACUCCACCCAGUAAACCGCAAUAUCCAACAACCUCCAACCCAACCAAUAUCUUGGUAUCCAAUUCUGCUGAUGCUGGCACGCUGGGUCCUGCGACGCGCGCUGCGCGGUGCAAACCCCAUAACAAAAUCAACCCACACGCGGCAGCCAUCGCCAAGUCCUUAUAAUAACAUCCCGUCAAAUGGCAUCAAUGGCAUCCACAGCAUCACAAGAAAGAGACCGAGCAUCGCUCAGAAUGUACGGCCAAAUAUUCAAUCACGAGAUCUAAUUACAGCCGCUAUUCCAAGCUUUGCUGUACCACCUCUCAUGUUCAUCGGGCUUCUACUCGGUCUAUGGAUCUGGAAAUGUUUCUGGAUCAUCGUCAUGCAAAACAAGCUCCUCUACCUCUCAUGGCUGCCUCCAUUCACAAGAUCUGAGGUCAUUUCAGACUAUGAGGCUGAGUGCAGACCGGUGCAGUGGGAGGAGAAGCAGAUUCGCAGUUUGGAUGGGACUAGAUUGGCUGUUUGUGAAGGUCACAUUCCGGUUCCACGCAAGGCCCAUGACUCUUUUUCAAAUGCCGGUGCUUUACAAAAUAAAGACCAGGGGAGAGAAUUUCCAAAACGCAAAAAAUCACUCGUGAUCUGUUACUUCCAAGGCAAUGGUGGAUCGACCCCCAUGCGAUUGCCUAUUCUCUCUCACGUCUUGCGCGCAAUUGCGGAAACAUCAAGAUCCACUUCGUCUUCUAUAUCUGGCCCCGAAGUGUUUCAAUAUACUAUCGCUGCUCUAUCAUACCGCGGCUACUGGACAUCAUCUGGUCGCGCCACACAAUCCGGAAUUGAGAUGGAUGCGCAGGCAUUCUUGAAUUGGAUUUCGGAAACAUACUUGUCCCCAGAAACCGACCUUGAGAUUGUGAUUUGGGGACACAGUCUUGGUGCUGCUGUCGCAAGCUCAGCAGUAUCUACGUAUAUCCCCCGCCAGCAUGAAGGGCAAACCUCAAAUAUAAGCAGUAACAAGCCCCUAGCGCCCAUCUCAAGGCUCAUUUUGGAGGCGCCAACAUCCAGCAUCAAAGAUAUGCUCAUCAGCCUCUAUCCUCAGAAGUGGCUUCCGUACAGGUAUCUUUGGCCGUUCUCUUGGAAUACCUGGGAUAUCAAGGCAAAGAUGAAACAAAUGGCUACAUGGAGAGACCAACCUGCGACUCAAAUCCCUAACUCUGUUGCUACGGCCUCAAUACCUCGCUCGCUUCCGCCGAUAUUUCUUCUAUCAGCCGAGAAAGAUGAAGUCAUUCCGUCAUACGUACCCGAACAGCUAGAAAAGCAUGCUAAGUCUCUCGGCUUGGAAAUCGAAAGGAAAGACGUCCUCGGUGCCAUGCACAUAGAGGCACCACUCAAACUGGAUGGUAGGAAAGCAUUGGUGCAAUUCAUUCUCAACGGCACAUCCGUGCCUAGGACAUAA